CGUGUCAAACCAAUUUCGCCAGUUUUGUGCACUAGAGAGGAGAUCGAACGUUGCAGUGAUUUUAGCGACGAAAAGUGUGCGAGUUUUUUCUUUUUCGGGUAUUUAUUUGUCUAAUUGUUGGGGAGAGAAGAGUUUUUGAAGAUGAAGUUGCAUGUGGCGUUGGGGGCGAUUUGCCUCUUUUUGACAGUUGUGGCCAAAGAUGACAAGAAGGAGAAGGAGGAUGUAGGGACGGUGAUUGGGAUUGAUUUAGGAACAACGUACUCGUGCGUCGGGGUCUACAAAAACGGUCGCGUGGAGAUCAUCGCCAACGACCAAGGCAACCGCAUCACCCCCUCGUACGUCGCCUUCACCGCCGACGGCGAGCGCCUGAUCGGCGACGCCGCCAAGAACCAACUGACCACCAACCCCGAGAACACCGUCUUCGACGCGAAACGCCUCAUCGGGCGCGAAUGGAGCGACCCCACGGUCCAAAACGACAUAAAAUUCUUCCCGUUCAAGGUGGUCGAGAAGAACUCCAAGCCGCACAUCUCCGUCGAGACCGGCCAAGGAGACAAAGUUUUCGCCCCCGAAGAAAUCUCCGCCAUGGUCUUGGGCAAAAUGAAGGAGACCGCGGAGGCAUACCUGGGCAAGAAAGUGACCCACGCUGUGGUGACGGUACCGGCGUACUUCAACGACGCCCAGCGCCAGGCCACCAAAGACGCCGGUACCAUCGCUGGGUUGAACGUGAUGAGAAUCAUCAACGAACCCACGGCGGCCGCCAUCGCCUACGGUUUGGAUAAGAAAGACGGCGAGAAGAACGUUCUGGUGUUCGAUUUGGGCGGCGGUACUUUCGAUGUGUCGCUCUUGACCAUCGAUAAUGGGGUGUUCGAGGUGGUGGCCACGAAUGGAGACACCCAUCUGGGUGGCGAAGAUUUCGAUCAAAGAGUCAUGGAUCACUUCAUCAAGUUGUACAAAAAGAAGAAGGGUAAAGAUAUUAGGAAGGAUAACAGAGCGGUGCAGAAGUUGCGUCGUGAGGUCGAAAAAGCCAAGAGGGCGCUGUCGUCGGGUCACCAGGUCAGAAUCGAAAUCGAAUCGUUCUUCGAAGGUGACGACUUCUCCGAAACUUUGACCCGAGCGAAAUUCGAAGAGCUGAAUAUGGAUUUGUUCAGAUCGACGAUGAAGCCGGUGCAGAAGGUCCUCGAAGACGCCGACAUGAACAAAAAGGACGUCGACGAAAUCGUGUUAGUUGGAGGUUCCACCCGUAUCCCCAAGGUCCAACAACUCGUGAAGGAGUUCUUCGGAGGAAAAGAACCCUCUCGGGGUAUCAACCCCGACGAAGCCGUCGCUUACGGAGCAGCCGUCCAAGCUGGUGUCCUUUCCGGCGAACAAGACACCGACGCCAUCGUCCUCCUCGACGUCAACCCCUUGACCAUGGGUAUCGAGACCGUGGGUGGAGUCAUGACCAAACUCAUCCCUCGCAACACCGUCAUCCCCACCAAAAAGUCGCAAGUCUUCUCCACGGCGUCCGAUAACCAGCACACCGUCACCAUCCAAGUCUACGAAGGCGAGCGUCCCAUGACCAAAGACAACCAUCUCCUGGGCAAAUUCGACCUUACGGGUAUCCCUCCAGCACCACGUGGUGUCCCCCAGAUCGAAGUCACCUUCGAGAUCGACGCCAACGGCAUCCUCCAAGUGUCCGCCGAAGACAAAGGUACCGGAAAUCGCGAGAAGAUCGUCAUCACGAACGACCAGAACAGGUUGACUCCUGAGGAUAUCGAUCGGAUGAUCCGCGAUGCGGAGAAGUUCGCCGACGACGACAAGAAGCUGAAGGAGCGGGUGGAGGCGAGGAACGAGCUGGAGAGCUACGCGUAUUCGCUGAAGAACCAAUUAGGCGACAAGGAUAAACUGGGGGCGAAGGUGUCGAGCGACGAGAAGGCGAAGAUGGAGGAGGCAAUCGACGAGAAGAUCAAGUGGUUGGAGGACAAUCAGGACACGGAGGCGGAGGAGUACAAGAAGCAGAAGAAGGAGCUCGAGGACGUGGUGCAGCCGAUCAUCGCGAAGUUGUACCAGGGGACGGGAGGGGCACCUCCACCGUCGAGCGAGGACGACGACGAUCUUAAAGACGAGCUGUGAGGUGCAAGACUGACUUUACUGUACUAGCGCGGACUGUGUGGAUGAGUGUGGAUGCGUCGAAUGUUUGCUAUGUUUAGGAAUUUUAUUUUUAACAAAUUUCCCAGUAAGAUACCUGAUGGGUUUUGUAUUAAGUAGUAAAUCUUUUAUAUUGCAGUUUUUAUGUGCGUAAUGGUAUUUAUUUAUUUUUUCCGAUCUCAAAUAUGGGUGUACGACUGUAGAUUGCAAAUCUAGUGUACGUUUUAGUGGAUUGUACACUUGUAUUUGAUUGUUGUUAUCUUCAAUUUUUCAAUAAAGUAUUGGAAAAUU